CUUUAGGCUACUACUCCUGUGUACUGUGCAGUAGGCCUAUUUGCAAAUGGCACGCAACAUAUCGAAUAAAUGUGAUUGUAGUAGACUAAUCAGUGGAUUGAUUUAGGACCUUUUAUAGUCUACAGGAAUAUUGAUGUGGUUUAAAAAUUUAAAAAGUAUGCGAGGGCUUGCCAUGGUGUAUGUCGCGUAUCUCUAGCUCCCCUGUAGGCUUGGGCUACCAAAGAGCAUUGAAAUAAAGGGAGCCGUCGAAGCAGUCUGGCUCCUACUCUCUCUCCAGCACGGAAACCGGUUGCUGUUGGAAUACGGCACUUCUAUUAUCAAAUUAUUUAAUUUCAAGGGAGACAAUUUUACUUUAAAUUCGAGAAUUCGUAAAGCCUACUACACAAGUUAAGAAGUUGAAGGUUGUGACAAGACCAACCUCACAUCAAAGCGGCGCCCGAGACUAUCGUGAAUCCAUUUGGGUGAGUAUGUUUAACUAUAACCACCGUCUACAGACCUUUUUCUCAAACGAAAGGUUACCCAAAAUCCGUUUAUUUGAAUAGGCCUACUUAUGAGGAGCCAUUUCCCUCGUGUCUGUCUGUUGGUUCCAUUUGAUGGAGAUCAAGUUUUGUAGGCUUUUUUUUUAGGGAUGUGUAAUGUCAUACUGUAUACAAAACCAAUGGACACAGCUGUUACAAAAUCAACUUUUCAAUCGUCACUUGAUGCAGGUUUGAAUGGAUGAUGCCACGUUAGACUCUGUCCUUCACACACAAGUGGCCAAAGCAUCCCCCUCCUGUUCUUCAUGUCAAUUCUCACUAUUGUUUGAUAUAAAUAACCCACUUCUCAUUCAUGCAGCAUCUCUCUAUCUCAUUCAUUCUCUCUCUCUCUCUCUCUCUCUCUCUCUCUCUCUCACUCUCUCUCGCUCUCUCUCGUUGUCUUGUGGGACAACGUUUUGGUGAUACCCUAUCUGUGUCCUAAUCUCUGGGGCUAUACAGAUGCCAUAUCUUAAUUUGAUCAUCCUGUUGUUGCAGGAAUGGUUUUAGCACAGCAGGAAAUGGAAAUGUGUAGUGUAUUUGAUGUUUAAAAUGGCUUCUAAAGUUUGUAAUUUCCACUUAAAAAUGUCAGACUUGAUUUGCCUUAAUGAAAAAUGUAUCAACCACAGGAGGUUGGUGGCACCUUAAUUGGGGAGGAUGGGCUCAUGGUAAUGGCUUGAGCGGAAUUAGUGGAAUGGUAUCAAAUACAUCAAACAUCCAUGUGUUUGAUGCCAUUCCAUUCGCUUCGUUCCAGCCAUUAUUAUGAGCUGUCCUCCUCUCAGCAGCCUCCUGUGGAAUCAACCCCUACAAAAAAUGUCCAUUAAUUAUAAUCCACAUAACAAUUCACAUUUCCUGUUGCUCCAGGAUUAUUUUCCUGUUGUGUAAAACUGGCUCAAAUUAAGAUACAGCAUCUGUAUAUGUUUUUCCAUUUGGACAGUCAGUCCUUGACAAUGGAUGUACUGUAGUAGAUGUUUUACUGGUGUAACAGUAGUCUAGUAGUGGACCAGAAUGGGUCAUGCAAAUGACAUGCAGUCAAAUACACGCAAAUACACGCGCACACACAGUCACAGGUUCACACACAUACUGUAUACACGUCACAUGUCCUGCCAUUUAUUCCCAACAAAGGCAUAGACACAAACAACCUGUCAUCACAGACUCUUCUCUUUUCAAACUAUCACACAUACACAGACACCCUGUCAUUUCACACAUGCAUGCACACCACACAGACACAUACCCCCUGUUUUUUUUACCAUAUUUUUUCAAAUUUGCAUCAAUGCAUAUUGUCAGACAGACAGUCAGAGAGACAAACGCACAGGUGCGAGCGAACACAAACACACACACGACAAGCAGAUACACACACAUAGACACAAAAGGAACUGUGAGCCAACAGGAAGAUGUUGGGGGUGCUGAACAUUUUUGCCCGCGCUACAGAUGGCUAUAUCGGACCGCUAAUUUUUCAGGGGGUGCUGCAGCACCCUCAGAACCCCUACUUCCCGCCGCUAUGUAUGAGCCCAGAAAAGCCAAGUAGUACAGUGGUCCUACCUCACUUCUACCAACACGUCUCCUGCACCACUAGGGGAGCUAAAACUCUAGACUACUUUUAUUCUACCCACAGAAACGGAAACAAAGCUCUCCCUCGUCCUCCCUUCGGCAAAUCUGACCAUGACUCCAUUCUUCUGCUUCCCGUUUACAAGCAAAAGCUCAAACAGGAAGUACCAGUGAUGCGCUCAAUACGGAAAUGGUUGGAUGAAGCAGACGCGAGGCUACAAGACUGUUUUGCUAGUACAGACUGGGAUAUGUUCCGAUGUUCAUCCGAUAGCAUUGAGGAGUUUACCACAACAGUCACAGGCUUCAUCAAUAAAUACAUAGACCAUGUCGUCCCCACAGUGACUAUAAGAACGUAUCCAAACCAAAAACCCUGGAUUACAGGCAAUAUCCGCGCAGGGCUAAAGGCUAGAGCUACCGCUUACAAGGAACGGGACAUGGACGCAUACAAGAAAGCCCGAUAUGACCUCCAACGAGACAUCAAACAUGUAAAAUAACAAUAUAGGAGGACUCCUAUUACACCGGCUCUGACUCUCGUUGUAGGUGGCAGGGCUUGAAGACGAUAAUGGAUUACAAAGGGAAACCCAGCCAUGAGUUGCCCUGCGAUGCAGAACUCCCAAACGAGCGAAAUGCCUUUUAUGCUUGCUUCGAGGAAUAUAACAUGGUGCCUUGCGUGAGAUGUGAGAAAAACGUUUAAACGGGUUAACAAUCACAAGGCCGCCUGCCAGACAGAAUACCAGGGCGCGUUCUCAAAGCAUGCGCAGACCAGCUGGCAAGUGUCUUCACAGACAUUUUCAAUAUCUCCUUGUUCCAGUUUGUAAUCCCAACAUGUUUCAAGUUUACCACCAUUGCCUAAAUGACUAUCGCCCUGUAGCACUCACAUCUGUAAUUAUGAAGUGCUUUGAAAGGCUGGUCAUGACAAACAUCAACACCAUCAUCCCAGACUCCCUAGACCCACUCCAAUUCGCAUACUGCCCCAACAGAUCCACUGAUGAUGCAAUCUCAAUUGCACUUCACAAUGGCCCUCCACUGGACCAAGAGUGGAAACAGUCGUAAAGCAUGCCAGACCAGCUGCAGGUCUUCAAGACAUGUCCAAUCAUCACCUUGUCCCUGUCUGUAACCCACACAUGGUUCAAGCUGACCCCAUUGCCUAAUAGACAACCCCUGCCUACAUCGUAAUUAGGGGCUUCGAAGGGCUGUUCAUGACCAACAUCAACCACCAUUCACCACGACUCCAGACCCACUCAAUUGCUUACUGCCCAACAGAUACACAGAUGGAUGCAAUCUCAAUUGCAGCUUCCAUGCCCUCUCCCACCUGACAAGAGCGGAAAUAACUAUUGAGAAUGUGUCCCCCUACACAUCUCAGCUGUUCAAGCCAUAGGUCCCUCAAGCCUCAUCACCAAGUAAGGGAACCUGGGUGAACCCCUCCCUCGCAAUGGAUCACGGACUCUCUUACGCCGCCCAGGGGUGAGGUAGGCAACAACACCUCCGCCACGAUGACCCUCAACAGCUGCACCAUCGAGAGCAUCUUGACUGGCUGCAUCACCGCUUGGUAUGGUAAAUGAUCGCAAAGCGCUACAGAGGGUGGUGCGAACAGCCCAGUACAUCACUGGGGCUGAGCUCCCUGCCAUCCAGGACCUUUAUAUCAGGCUGGUGUCAGAGGAAGGCCCAAAUUGCUACCGCACAUUGAUCUGGUACUGGUACUCCUGUAUAUAGCUCCAUUCUUGUGUGUUUUAUUUUCUUCCUCUUGUGUUACUAUUUAAUUGUUAUUAUUAUCUUUAAACUCUGCAUCGUUGGGAAGGGCUCGUAAGCAAGCAUUUCACAGUAAAGUCUACACCAGUUGUAUUCAGCGCAUGUGACAAAUACAAUUUGAUAUGUAGUGAUAGAACUUGGCAUGACUGAGUGUGAGGAGUACAUAGAUUUAUUAUCUGACUAUUGAUUGGAUCCCGUUAUCAUGCCAUGCAUCACUCAUACACAGUAGAAACCCCCCAGGCCCUGCAUACAGACCGCAUACUGUACAUGCACAGGGCAUAUGGACACACCUUCUCUCUGUCUUUCUCUUUUUUCACAGAAGGAUUUCCAGCUGUGUUGUGGUUAAGCAGAACACAUUGGCCCGUGGCUAGUUAGUGUGUGCGUGCUGACAUCACAUUGGGGGGUUCACUGAUAAAUGAGGGAUUUGUAAAUAUUUACAGAAACAGAGCAUGCCUUUGCACUCCAGCAUUAGCAGGGAAGGCUGUGUGUGGGUGGUUGUGUGUAAAUAAUAAUAAUUCUGUUUUCGUUUCUAAAUCAACAAGCCAUAAUGGAACAUUUGUUAAGCCUUUAUUAACGUGAUGUAAUAACAUCUCUAUAAACCAUUACCAUUCAUAAACAACUUCCAUACCUCAUGCAAGGUGAUGUCAUCACACACACCUACACACACACACACAUAUAUACAGACACACAGCAGAAAAGGUAUGUUCUAUAUAAAACAUCCGGAUAAGGGCGCUGUCAGUGUCUGCUUUUGUUCAAGUUAUCAGUGUUAGUGCAGGACUAACCAUCAAACACACACAGGAAAUGCAUACCUAAAAGGAGGCAGUGUAGUUGUUUAUUGACAGUUCUUUUCAAUCGCUUUGAUGCUCUUUUCACAAGUAUGUGGAGAAUUUAAUAAACUCUUAGUACAAAACUCCAAACUGGUAACACUUGUAACACAGCAAGUCUUCUAUUCAAAACCUUUUAUUUUGUAUUCAUUUUGUUUGGAAACUUUCACCACACUACCAUUGAUCCAAAAUAUAAGUUUACUGUGAAAUACCAUGAGAACAUUGAUUUAAUCACCAAAGCACAACAUCAUGAUAUCUUCACAAUUUAGUUGUUUUAACUAACAGUUAAUCUAAUAGCAAAAAAAUCAAAAAAUUGUCCUAUAGUACUGUAAAUUCCAGUAUAUUACACUGUUUUCACAUUAGUCAAUACACUGGCACUACCCAUAAAAAUGGACUAAAAAUAUAAUUUCCCUAAUUUCUAUCCCAUGUGUGAUCAAAUCGCUAUAGCGUGAUUUAAAUUUAAAGACAAUGUUCCCACGUUCGGGGAGACAAGAUUCACGGUAAACGCUGCAUAUGUCGCCUCAAUCAGAAAUUACCUUUACCGUUAUAGCGCUGAACUUUCGCAAUACAGAUUGAAUUGGGGCCUAGAUUUCAAUCGCACUACAGAGCAGAUCUUCAACGCUAAGUAUUGAAUCGAGUCAAUUGAAAAUGUGCUUAGUGGUUUAAAACAACUGCCUUUUUGAGGAUCUGUUUUGAGUUUUGUACUAACUGUUGUGAAACUACCACAUACUUGUGAAAAUCGCAGCAAAGUGAUUAAAAAAACAAAUGUGAUACAAAUCAUGGGGUUUGGCUGUUGUGUGCAUAGCCGCGAAGUAUGGAGGAUGAUAAAUGUGAAAACAUCCCUCCAAACCCCCCCCCCCCCCCCCCCCCACGCCAACCCAAAACAUCUGCCAGUGACCAUGGUUGUGUGGGUCAGUGUGCGUGCGUGUGCCUUUUUCAAUUUAUGUCUGUGUCUGUUUCCAUUCGUUUAUAGUUUAUCUGCCUCGAUCUUGCUGCUAUACGCAACCAGAAAAAGAGUGAGGGGGGGGGGGAGAGGGAAAAAGAGGAAGCAUGGCUCAGAUUAAGCUGCAGAAUGUGGAGGACUACUAUGAGAUUGGAGAGGUGCUUGGCAGGUGAGUGAGAAGGUUUGGAGUAGAGAAUGGAACAGCGCUAGACUUGAAUUGAUGUUCAUUUGAAUUGAUUUGAAUUGGGGGAACUUUACUUAAUUUACAUAUAAAGCUAGGAAUACACUUCUAAGUAAAUAGUACUAGAAAGGUGCAAUGCCCCACUCUGUUACUCUCUCUCAUCUCAAAUUCAAACAAGCUUUAGGCCUAUUAGCAUCACAGGAGUAUAGUCGUGGUCAAAAGUUUUGAGAAUGAUACAAAUACUAAUUUUCACAAUGUCUGCUGCCUCAGUUUUGAUGAUGUCAAUUUGCAUAUACUCCAGAAUGUCAUGAAGAGUGAUCAGAUGAAUUGCAAUUAAUUGCAAAGUCCCUCUUUGCCAUGAAAAUGAACUUAAUCCCCAAAAAACAUUUCCACUGCAUUUCAGCCCUGCCACAAAAGGACCAGCUGCCAUCAUGUCAGUGAUUCUCUCGUUAACACAGGUGAGAGUGUUGACGAGGACAAGGCUGGAGAUCACUCUGUCAUGCUGAUUGAGUUAGAAUAACAGACUGGAAGCUUUAAAAGGAGGGUGGUGCUUGAAAUCAUUGUUCUUCCUCUGUUAACCAUGGUUACCUGCAAGGAAACACGUGCCGUCAUCAUUGCUUUGCACAAAAAGGGCUUUACAGGCAAUGAUAUUGCUGCUAGUAAGAUUGCACCUAAAUCAACCAUUUAUUGGAUCAUCAAGAACUUCAAGGAGAGAGGUUCAAUUGUUGUGAAUAAGGCGUCAGGGCACCCAAGAAAGUCCAGCAAGUGCCAGGACCGUCUCCUAAAGUUGAUUCAGCUGCGGGAUCGGGGCACCACCAGUGCAGAGCUUGCUCAGGAAUGGCAGCAGGCAGUUGUGAGUGCAUCUGCACGCACAGUGAGGCGAAGACAUCUGGAGGAUGGCCUGGUGUCAAGAAGGGCAGCAAAGAAGCCACUUCUCUCCAGGAAAAACAUCAGGGACAGACAGAUAUUCUGCAAAAGGUACAGGGAUUGGACUGCUGAGGACUGGGGUAAAGUCCUUUUCUCUGAUGAAUCCCCUUUCCGAUUGUUUGGGGCAUCCGGAAAACACCUUGUCCGGAGAAGACAAGGUGAGCGCUACCAUCAGUCCUGUGUCAUGCCAACAGUAAAGCAUCCUGAGACCAUUCAUGUGUGGGGUUGCUUCUCAGCCAAGGGAGUGGGCUCACUCACAAAUUUGCCUAAGAACACAGCCAUGAAUAAAGAAAGGUACCAACACAUCCUCCGAGAGCAACUUCUCCCAACCAUCCAAGAACAGUUUGGUGACGACCAAUGCCUUUUCUUGAGAACUUGUGGUCGAUCCUCAAGAGGCGGGUGGACAAACAAAAACCCACAGAUUCUGACAAGCAUUGAUUAUGCCAGAAUGAGCUGCCAUCAGUCAGGAUGUGGCCCAGAAGUUAAUUGACAGCAUGCCAGGGCGGAUUGCAGAGGUCUUGAAAAAGAAGGGUCAACACUGCAAAUAUUGACUCUUUGCAUAAACUUAAUGUAAUUGUCAAUAAAAGCCUUUGACACUUAUGGAAUGCUUGUAAUUAUACUUCAGUAUACCAUAGUAACAUCUGACAAAAAUAUCUCAUAACACUGAAGCAGCGAACUUUGUGAAGACCAAUACUUGUGUCAUUCUCAAAACUUUUGACCACGACUGUAGUUCAGCGUAAAAAGAGCACAAUGCAAAAGUUCCCUACAAUAUCAUCCCUCUCUGCCCCCCUCUAGUGGUCACUUUGGGCAGGUGCGUGCGGUGCUGGAGCGGGCGUCCGGGGUCCGCUGGGCGGGGAAGUUCCUGAAGCUGCGUCGGAGCGCCAGCAGCCGCCUGGGCCUGGAGAGGAGGAGCGUGGAGAGGGAGGUGGAGAUACUGCAGAGCCUGCAGCACGCCAACAUCAUGGCCCUCAGGGACGUGUUUGAGAGUCGCGCCGAGAUGGUGCUCAUCGUGGAGCUGUGAGUCAAGUGGGGACAGAUGGAGGGAGGGGGAGACUUCUGCUGGUCUCUGUCGGUCUGUCGGUCGGUCUGUCGGUCUGUCGGUCUGUCGGUCUGUCGGUCUGUCGGUCGGUCGGUCUUCCCCCUAUGCCCACAGCAGGCUCUGUCCCACCUUGUUUAAUGGGAACACAAUGAGAAGCACUUGGUCCCGUCAGCCCAUCUAAUCCUCCUAUCAUUACUGGCACUAAUCUAAUAGUCCAGGCCAGACAGACAACUCAAAGCCUAUGAAUUUAACUGAACAACAGCCCCUUGAGAUCUUGAAGCGAACUUUUUCAUAACUUGGUCUAGUUAUUAUAAGUCGACAGAUGUAGGAUCUUAAUUUCAAAGUGGAAAUUACAAACUUCAGAAGCCUUUUAAACCUGAAAUAUAUUGCAAGUUUUAAAUGUUCUCCUGCAACAGGGUGAUCAAAAUUAAGAUCCUACAUCUGUAGGUGAUAAAGAUAUUCUCCUGACAAAAUUACAUCUACUUCAUUUUUGUACCUUUUCUCUCUCUUCUUUCUCUCCCCCCCCCCCCCCCCCCCCACCACCACCCUCUCUCUGCUCUAGUAUCAGUGGUGGGGAGCUGUUUGAUUUCAUAGCAGAGAAGGAGAGCCUGUCUGAGGAGGAGGCCAUAGAGUUCCUGAAGCAGAUCCUCAAGGGAGUGGGCUUUAUGCACACUAAGAAAAUUGGCCACUUUGACCUCAAGGUGAGACACACAGGAAUAGAAAUAGAGCGGAGAGAAAGCAGUGUUUCCCCGUAACAUGAAUUAGGUGGGACGGGCCUCCCCUUUUCUGACUCUGUUGCCCCUUGCCUAAAUCCAUUUGGGCUGUUUUUCAUUCCGUCAGGAUUUGGCAUUGUGUGUGUAACACUCUCUGUUUUCCAUUUAGCCAGAGAACAUCAUGCUGGCUGACAAGACAAUGCCACACCCUCACAUCAAGAUCAUUGACUUUGGACUGGCCCACCACCUCAAACAGGGGGAGGAGUACAUGAGCCUAUCUGGGACCCCACAGUACAUUGGUAAGUGUUUACUGACUGUGUUUGUUUGGUGGAAAUUGUGUCAGUCAGUAUGUGGGUCAUGUUGUGUGAGCAUUUUGUUAAUGUGUGAUUGUGGUGUGUAUGUUUCACGUGUGUACAGUGUGUCUUUCUGUCUGUUUGAGUUUUUAUUUAGCCUGAGCCUCUAGAAAGGUGCCUGAGGUUUCCAUGGAAACAGUUUCCAAGGGGUAGUAGUGUGGUUGUGGACAGGAUGUGACAUCAGAGCGUGUGGUGGGGCGCAGGGGGUAGUGAGAGAGAGAUGUGUGACUAGGUGAGAAGUUUCAACAGACCUGCAAUACAUGAUACAAACUGAGUCGCCAACACAAAGAGUGUAACGGAAUGAUUACUUUAAGAAAGGGCAGGAGGGUUGCAUGGGUAUUAUUGUAGGGCCAUGGGUUCUACCAUAACCCACUCAUUCCCCAAUUAGUUGGCCAUUUUCAUGUGUUUUACUGUAAGAUUUUAGGAUUUAUUUUGAGUAUUUAAAGUCUGUUGUGAGAGAAUGCCAUUAUAUUGUGCAACAGCAGUGUUAGCAUCACCUAGUGUUUCCCAACACAAUGACACAGUGACAGUUGUGACAAAAGGAAGUUACACUCUCCUCUAUUUUAUUCUCAGCUCCUUACAAAACAUGUCUCUCUCUUUUACUACAUUCUUUUCUUCUCUUACACAUACUCUGUUUUUCUGGAUAAGGCUGGAUUGUGUUAUGUGUAUCUCAUUAUCUCUCCCUUUCUCUCUUCCUCUCUCACCCCCUUCUCCCUUUCCGUUCUCCUGCCAGCCCCUGAGGUGAUUAACUACGAACCACUGAGCGAGGCAGCUGACAUGUGGUAACCAUUACUGCAAUGUUAUUCAUUAGAAGAACAACAAAAAAAUGUCCCAGCCGCCUUGACUGUCAGGGUAAAUAGUUUUCUGCUCACAAAGUCACUCAUAUCUCUCUUCUCUUUCCUCUCCAGGAGUAUUGGUGUGAUAACCUACAUAUUGUGAGUAUACAAAACCAGCGGACAAUUUGAAUUUUACAUAUCGCUGACAUAUCGUAGCUACAAGUGGAGGCUGGUGGGAGAAGCUAUAGGAGGAUGGGCUCAUUGUAAUAUCUGGAAUGAAAUAAUGGAACGGUAUCAAACAUACGAAACCUCAUGUUUGACUCCAUUCCAUUAAUUCAAUUCCAGCCAUUACAAUGAGCCUGUCCUCUUAUAACUCCUCUCACCAGCCUCCUCUGGUAGCUACACAUAUUCUCUAAUAUCCCCCUAUUCUACAGGUUGAGUGGUUUGUCCCCCUUUCAAGGAGAUAAUGACGAGGAGACACUAAAGAACAUCGUGGGGAUGAUCUAUGAGUUUGAAGAGAACUAUUUCAACCAGACCAGCAUCAUGGCCAAAGACUUUAUUGAGAAACUGCUGCUCAAAGACCCAAUGUAAACAAAUGAUCACUCAUUCAUUUAUUAGUGUAAUUGAUAUGGUUAUUGUCUAUAACCUCUGUAUACUACGCAACAAAGUAUUACCUAAUGAUGCGUGUUCCUCCUACAGAGAGAGAAUGACAGCGGAUGAAUGUCUAGUACACCCUUGGAUCAAGGUGAGAGAAGAGAGAAUUGUGAUUUGAUUGGGGUAACUUUAAUACAUAAACCCAACAUAAGCACAUUAUUGUGCUGAAGGUUUGAGUAUGAGUUUGAGUUUGAGUAGGGAAGCUUGAGUUGUGAGUAUGCUUCACACUGAAAAGCUGUGAACUGCAUGUCACUUUGGAUAAAGGCAAAACGUAUAUUAAAAUAUCAUGUUAUAUAUAUUUCCUUGUUUAUCAGCCCCUCACGCGCAAACAGGCGGCUAACAGAAGUCGAUCGUCCAUCAACAUAAAAAGCUUCAAGAAGUUCAACGCCAAGAGGAAAUGGAAGGUGAGUCCCAGUGGUGCAUCUCAAUACUCCAAAGUAGCUUCCUCUAAGUUUCUCCUACCCUGUCUCUGCGUUGGUGUGCAAUAGUCCUAUAAUAUUGGUGAGAGGGGGACACCUGCUGGUCCAGACAUUGUAUUGCAUUGUAUUUGCCUUUUUUCUAUCCAAAGUUCUGAUCUCCUAUGGACACCUUCUCUUUUCAUACCCUUCUUAAAUCCUCCCCCUUUCUCUCUCUGUAGAUGUCCUAUAACAUGGUGUGGGCGUGUAACAGACUAUUUCGCCUGCAGUUGCAGUGUAAAAGCAGGUCCCAGGAGGACCCGGAACUGGUGAGAGAGAUCACAAAGGACUGGGUCUAGAACAGGGGACAUGCUGGUUUCUGUCCUUUUCUUAAAGUCUGACUAAGCCCUGUAGAACUAGCUGUGUGUACUGUCUGAGCAAUCAAUAACACCAAUUUUAAUCAAUCGUAAUAUACUAAUCAAUUACAUGCCAGGGAAGGAACAAAAACAGGAAAACUACACCCCUAGCAGGCUGAAGUUCUGCACCCGUAUUUCAUAAUCAUUUACUAUCCCUUUAUUUGAACUGUUAUAAGCAUUUUAUACUCUCAAUAUCGACAUAUCGACGAUGCUGUUGAUAUGCUUAUGUCUGACUAUCUCUGCAUUUGUCCACUUGUCAGAGGCAGUGUGAGAGCGACCAGGAGGACACUGAGACCAAGCCUGCUUCUCUCAUUCGCCGCAGACUCAGCAGCAGUUCCUAAAUAAGACCACCGGGGGCACUAACACACCACACAGCCUCAGACCGCCUCUAUCCCACCAUGGGGAAAUGGAGAGAAGCCUCUUGUGAGUGAUGCACAGAUCAACAAUACUCUGAGUUACAGAGUGACAGACUAUGGCAGUGACAAAAUGAGUAACGAACCCGUGAUGUGCAGGUGCCUAAAGCCAGUGUUAGCUCACAGAGUUAAAUCUUCAUGUCUCAGACACGGUUCCUGAUCAAACCAGUGUAGUUUACCAAACCACUUCUGUUACACUUCACCCCCAUUUGACCUAGGUGUAGCCUUUUUACAUUUACUGAAAUGUAUUUGUCUGUGCCUUUUAGGUUUGACCAAAAGAAUGUCUGAAAAUGCCAAAACUUUUGUUUAGGUUUGAAGGUUUACGGGAUAGUUUGUCCCUACAAUUACAAUUAUUAUGCAUUACAAUAUUAUGUGGUUAUUAUUUAUUCUCUACCACAUGUUCUGAUAUUUUUGACUGUAUCCAAACUGAUUUUAUUUAAGUUUCUUAGACAUUUGCAUUUCAUACAAUUAACUAGAAAAAAGUUAUUUUUAACAAGUAGGGAACUAUACAAUGCCAUACAAUUGGAAAUGCAAGGCCUGUUUUUCUAAGUCUGCCCUUAAGUGGAUACAUUAUUUUAUUAUGUGUCAUAAUUUGGAUAUCAUAUGUUUAUACAGAGCUACUUUACUAUGCACAGUUACAGCCAUGUUUGAUACUGAGUGUUUGACAUUGACAUGUGUAAUGUAGUCUUAGUUUGUAGAGCUUUUAAGCCUUAUCAAACUUGAAAAUGUAGAUAUACUUUAUUGAACAUUUCAACUAUCUUUGGCUUAUGUCAAAGGUCAAACUAUUUUUUUUAUAAUAAUGAGCGUUUCAUACUGACAACAAACAUGUUUUAGUUUUGUGAAUUGUGUGAUGGUGAAUAAAAAAUGUUAGUCUACG